AUGGUCAAACUGGAAGAAGUCAGCCUCGAUCACGUUGAAGAGGAAGAAUACAGCGAGAGUGACUCGUCCUCAGUCUACUCGUCCGACGACGACGAGGACGACGUCGACAACAUCGAGUCGAUCCUCGACCGAAUCUGGGCAUUGCAGGACGUGAUCCCCGCCAAGACCCGCAAGUCCAUCGCGGACAAGUGCUCGUCCGUUUACGGCUUUGGCAAAGCCAGCACAAAGUUCCUUGGCAACACUGCUUGGGUUCUUACUACUAGCGCCUUGCUCUUGGUUUUGCCAUUGAUGAUCGAGCUUGAGCAUGAGCAAGGGUUGAUCGAGUACGAGAAGAUGCAGCAGCAGAGCACCCAGAUGCUUUCGCAGCCUGCUGGCCAGCAGCAAAAGAAGCAGGCCUCCGGAAUUGUGCCCCCAGGCUUCUAA